UUUCAACCUGGACAACCUGAAAAAAAUAAAGAAAUACAAAAUAAAACAAGUUCUGAAACAAGUUAUACAUAUUCUAAGAAAUGUUUUAGAUGUGAUGUUUGCAGUAAAUCAAUUUCUACAGAGCGUAAACUAAAGCGUCACAUGGAAACGCAUACUCAUACCAGAGCAAAACCUUAUAAAUGUGAUGUUUGUGGUAAGUCAUUUACCUAUAGAAGUAGUCUACAGAGACACAUGAGAGUUCAUAGUGGAGAGAGACCUUAUAAAUGUGAUGUUUGUAGUAAAUCAUUUAGUCAUUUUGGUAAUCUACAGAAACAUGUGAGAAUUCAUACUGGUGAAAAACCUUAUAUAUGUGAUGUUUGUAGUAAAUCUUACCACACUAGAUGUAAUCUCCAGUCACACAUGAGAAUUCAUACGGGUCAAAAACCAUAUAAGUGUGUUGUUUGUAGUAAGUCAUUCAUCCAGAGUAGUGAACUACAGAUACACAUGAGAAUUCAUACUGGUGAAAAACCAUAUAAGUGUGAUGUUUGUAGUAAAUCAUUCACACAAAGUAAUGAUCGAUGGAAACACAUGAAAAUUCAUACCGGCGAGAAACCUUAUAAGUGUGAUGUUUGUCAUAAAUCAUUCACUGCCAGAAAUACUCUACAGUCACACACAAGAAUUCAUACAGGUGAAAAACCUUAUAAGUGUGAUGUUUGUAGUAAAUCAUUUGGACAGAAUAGUAAUUUGCAGGAACACAUGAGAAUUCAUACUGGUGAAAAACCUUAUAAGUGUGAUGUUUGUUGUAAAUCAUUCAGACAGGCUAGUUCUCUACAACAGCACAGGAAAACUCAUUCAGGUGAAAAACCUUAUAAAUGUAAUGUUUGUAGUAAAUCAUUUGGACAGAGUGGUACGCUGCAGAAUCACAUGAGAAUUCACGCAGAAGAAAAACUUUGUAACUGAGUUUUGUGAGAAAUGAUUGAAUUAGAGUCGUAUUCUACAGAAGCACAAGAACUCAUAUUGGAUAAAAAUGUUUGCUUUAAAUCAGUCGCUGUGAGUAGUAAUCUACAAAGAGAGAGAGAGGAAUGGGGUUUCACAUCUUCUCGACAGCGCAAGACUUGGUAUUCGCCAUGAAAUGAAAUGAAAUAAAAUGUGGUUUAACGUCCUACUGUUCUGCUCUUAACCUGGGCUAAUGAAGACGGGCAUACGCCAUACAGUGUGCUAUGAGAGAAAUUUUGCCCAGCGGCACUAUGGCCUACUCUUAUAUCGAAUUCCAACUGCCAAGGGAUCUUUUACGUGCACACAAAUGUGUACACGGAACCUCGGUUUUUCGUCCCAUCCGAUCGAUUAGACAGCUGUCCUUGUCAGGCCCUCCAUCCUGCAUCACUGACAAGGGGAAACCACGUCGGAAAAUCUGAAUGAACUUUUUCGCCCAAUGCAGGGAUUAAACACUCGACCUCCAGGUAUUCGCGAUGAUCGAGGAAUCUGAUAGGCGUGGUUUUGAUUCCCCGGUUCUACGUGGCUAUGAGUGGGGUUUGCCUGUCUAACCUAGUGGGUUUCCUCCACUGUUUGUAUGAAUGUAUUCCACUGUUUGUAUGAAUGUAUUACUUGUGUGUUCGUGUAUGUGUUGUCUAUGUAGUAUAUAUAAUUAAAUGUAUUUGAC